AUGAUACCUAAGAAUGAGUUCUACAUUUGCCAGAUCUGCGGAAUAGAGAUUCCAGACUCAUACUGGGUUUACAAACUGGUCGAAGAACUUGAAAAUGGCGGACCAGAUGCAGAUCCUUUAGAAAUGGAGGGAGAUGCCAAGGAUUUAGAAACACAAUUGAAGUGGCUGUACGAUGCACGCUUACUCUGCGAUCCUGAUGACGAGUUCGGACAGUUUCUACCUGACUUCCAACAUGAGACUUUGGAAGAUGACAUAGAAGACCCAGAAUUCCGAGAGACUCCAGAAGUCCGGUCAAGGUCUCAGGCCUCUGAUAUCGAAGUCCACAUCGGCGAGGCUGACGAAGAAUACAAGUUCUGGAAACCCUACCCAAAGCAUCUGCCAAUGACUAGGGUCGGCAUGAUGUACACAUCCACUUACACAACGGAUGGACGGGUGUAUGCAGUUGUCCAUGCUGCUUGCCUGGAGAUAGCAAGAAAGAUUUUUGUAUCAUCUGAACUUGCGCAUGUGAGAGACUUGAGGGGGUUAUUUAUGGCCCUUCGGUGGAGAGAGGGGAUAUCCUAUAAGUGUGGUGGUGAAUGGAAAAGCCUACCCAGGGCUAACUACAAGCUUGCAGUUAAUGGCUACUACCUGCCAGACUGUAACUGGGGUCAGAGGGAAUGCCCUGGAAUGGAAUGGCCAGGCCCUUACGCAUCUCCAAGAGCAAACCUCUUCUAUUCCAUCGGCAGAAAUCCUUUUGAAAUCGAGAACUUGACGGAAUGCCUCCUGAAAAAUCUUCAAUCUUGUCGAACGCAGGUAAACUUCACCGCUGAUUUCGCCAAGGUUGCUAAGAACCUAGCAAGAAUGCCGGGGGAAAUCAUGAACGCAAUUUUUGCCAACAUGGGUCAAAAUUUACCGCGGCUUUCCUCCCGCUUAGUGGCUCAGAUGUUUUGGAAAGAACAGCUCAAAGCGGGCAGUCACGGACUUCUCCCAUGGCUCUGGGAUAUAGAUGCCGCUCUAAUUGAUGAUAAAGAUGCUCAGCCAUGCCCUGAAGGGGAUGAUUUUGAGUGGGACUGGGAACUGUUAGUCCGCCAGCUAAGUCGUGGGGUUGACUAUGGAGUUCGUCCAGGUUUACCAGAAGAUACGCUUCCAGAACCGCGUUGGGAAGAAGACAGUGAAAAGUCGACCUGGGACACCAUCUGCACAGGAUAUCACACCGAUCUCGUUCAUGUACCUGCUGGCCUUCACAAUCGCCGUCGCAUCUGGCAACUUCUCGAAGAGAUGUUCGUCGGCGACGCUCUGCCCUGGCCGCGAGUAACUCCAUUCUGGGAGACGUCCUACGUACAUCCACCCGAGAAGAAUUUUAUACCAUUGUGGUGGAACAAGUCCGGGGAAAUAUUAUCCUCUCCAAUAUGGCUUCCAUCAAUUAACUUCGCCUCUUGGGAUGCGCCUUCGGGAUGGUAUGGUGGGCUUACUACCUUCCGGAGAAGACUUGGCGGAGACAUUUAUGUAUUCAGGAACAAAUCAAACUUACAAUAUUGGCAGAUCAAUAUUGAUGAGAAGAGCCGCGGCAAACCAACUACAGGAGAUGCAGCUAAGAUACGACCAGCAACGGUAGAAGAGAUCUACGCAGUCUUGCGACCUUUAGGCUACCCAGUCUGA